AUGGCCUUUCGCGCAGCUUUGAACACAGCAAAACAUACUUAUAGAGCACCGGAAUUUGCUGUCGACUACGUGGUAGUCGGUGGAGGUGUUGUGGGACUCGCGGUUGCACGGAGGCUCUCUCGGAUCCCGAAUAAGACGACCCUCCUCCUCGAAAGACACAGCAAGGCAGGCGAAGAAACUAGUUCCCGCAACUCUGAAGUCAUUCAUUCAGGCCUGUACUACCCUCCGGAUUCGCUUAAAACACACCUUUGCAUCCGUGGUCGCGAGCUGUUGUACGCUUACUGCAAGGCUAAUCAAGUCCCAUUCCGCCAAACCGGUAAACUUGUGGUCGCGUCUGAGAAACAACACGGGUAUAUUGAAGGAUUGCAUGCCAAAGCGCAAAUGCUCAAAUGGCCCACAAGUUUUGGAUCAGCAACCCCAGACAGGCAAGCAUUACCAACCGAACUUAUCUCUGGUUCUGAAGCUCGUCAAAUGGAGCCUCACCUGUCAAGAGACAUCUCCGGUGCGCUCUGGUGUCCUGAAACUGGGAUCAUUGACUCCCAUGCGUUGAUGGAGAGUCUGGAAAGAGAUAUCAUCGACUCUGACGGGGCUGACCUUGUCUAUUCCACCAAAGUGGUUCGCCUGGACCCAUUCAAAGACAAACCUACAAUUGAUGGUGCGAAACGGGGCUGGGUGAUUCAAACCGUAACAGGCGACGAAAUUGGCUCUAUUUACACCAAGUCAGUCAUUAAUGCGAUGGGCCUAUCUGCACCUUUACUGGUGAAUUCGCUCCUGCCGGAGUCAAAGCGCUUGCCUCUGUAUUACGCGCGAGGGUCGUAUGCAAAGUACCGCGGUCGGAGCGUAUCAGGCAUCUCCCACCUCAUAUACCCCUGUCCAGACAACCAAAGCCACGGAUUCCAGUCUCUCGGGACUCAUCUUACGCUCGACUUGCAAGGCGAAGUCCGCUUUGGACCUGAUUUGCAAUGGAUUUCGCCGAAGAAUAACGACGAUAGUGACUUUUGGAAAAAGUAUUUGGUCGCAGACAACUCCCGAUUGGAAGAGAUGCACCAAGCGGUUACCAAAUACUUGCCCAGUGUCGAGUUGGAAGGGCUCCAGCCAGAUUAUGUGGGGAUACGGCCAAAGUUGGUUGGUCCUGGGGGUGGCUUUCAAGAUUUUAUUUUUCGGACCGAUUUCCCUGACAAAGAAGUGGAAGAAAGCGCAAAGAGGCCAUUCAUCAGUCUUCUAGGGAUCGAGAGCCCCGGUCUCACGUCCGCCUUGGGAAUAGCUGAGCAUGUCGUAUCUAACAUGCUUGGGGAGCAAUAG